AUGCCAUCCCCAAGAACAAAGAAGGAGGUCCAGAAACUAGCGGGACGAUUAGCAAAUUUAAAUCGUUUCAUUUCACGAUCGUCGGAUCGAUUCAAACCAUUCUUUGACGUUUUGAAGAAAGCAGUGAAUUUUGGUUGGACGGAUGAAUGUGAAAGAGAUUUCAAUGAAAUCAAACAAUAUUUGUCAACUCCCACGGUAUUGGUGAGUCCAAAAACUAGGCAACUUGUCAGAGUUUAUCUGGCUGCAACGGAGAACGAUGUAAGUGCAGUGUUGUUUGUUACGGAUCCACAUGAAAAGCAUGUUUACUUCGUAAGUAAAUCUUUGACGGGGGCGGAAACACGAUACAAAAAAGUUGAAAAGAUAUCACUUGUACUGUUGCACGCAUCUCGUCGCCUCAAACCAUAUUUCCAACGGAGACAGAUUGUAGUCUACUCUGAAUAUCCACUAAAUAGAAUCCUAGAACGCGCUGAUGAUUCCAACCGACUAGCCAUAUGGUCGAAUUUUCUGGUGGCGUAUGAAAUCAAGUACGAAACCAGAACUGCAGAAAAGGGACAUGCACUGACUGCGCUGUUAGCAGAUUUCCAUGUGAACGACAUAGGAACAGUUACCGAAGAAGAAAAGUUGUUGAACAAACCCAUAAAUUCAACCACUAAUCAGACUGGGCGCGAGUCCGCAAUGGAGAUUGAUACACCUGGGCCACUAUGGACUGUGUUUACUGAUGGGUCAUCAAAUGUUGGUGGAGCUGGAGUUGGAUGUGUCAUCCUUACUCCCGAAGGUUCGAGGAUCGAGAAAGCGAUUAGAUUAGGCUUUCGAGCAUCAAAAAAUGAAGUUGAAUAUGAAGCAGCAAUUAUCGAUUUAAAAGCUGCCAAACAGUUAGAUGCGAAGAACGUGAAGCUGGUAACUGAUUCUACGCUAGUAGUUAACCAGUUUCUGGGGACCUACAGAUCCAAGGAAGACAUGAUGGCCCUAUAUUUAGAUCGUACGAGAGAGCUGGUAAAUGAAUUCGACCAAUUAUCUAUUGGGCAGCGACCACGGUUGGAAAACAGGCACGCAGACGCUUUAGCAUAUCUGUCUUUCGUAGUCGAAACUGAUACCACUCGUUUCAUUGUAGUGGAUUUCCAAGAGUUACCUAGCAUCUUCGACAGCCACUUUGUUCUGGCUCUCGAACACGCUAGUGGGGGCGAGAGGGUAACUACAUCAGCACGGGAACAUGUCGAAAACAUUGACAACAAUAUGGAUGUUGACAGCCCAGUGUUAGACGAUUCAAGCAAUCCUGCUGAAAACGCUUCAGACUGGCGUCAACCUUAUAUUCGGUAUUUGACAACCAGUGAACUCCCAGAAGAUGAGCAACUCGCUUCAAAAGUGAAAAGAAUGCAUGGAGAUAUUCAAUGA